UUCUCUACAACACGCGGAGAAAGCUCGCGCUCACCUCCACCCUGCUUCCUCGCGCUGGAGCGCGUUCUGGUCCCGCCGUCACGGGAGAGGACGCACAGGUACAGCAGCGGGAGAACCUUCCCCUCCUGUCUCACUAAAGCUUCUUUAUCGAGUGACGCUAGAGCGCCAAACCAACAACCUUCUCGCGUUCCGCUCACGCGGAGCUUGUUGAUCUCACCCCGCCUUGGUCCAUCGGAUCUGGGAUUGGUCCGGUGAUUGAUCGACUCUUCCUAAAGCGACAGGGGCUGCGGGAGAGAGACUACGCGAAAGGGGGGGGGUCGUCUGAAUCACCAGUAGGGGAUCAGGAGGAUCUGUUACCGCUUAUUAGAUAUGGCGACGUGAGAUGAAGAAACCGAUUGGAGACAUGAACGCAGACCCGGGGAGAUGAGCCGAGUCCACAGCGGGGAACACACUCACACAACCAGUUGAAUCUGGUCUUUUUUGACUGACUAAAGUUGGACCAAGCGCUGUUGGACCGGCGGACAUGUUGCUCUGUUCUGGGAGAAGGUUCCUGGAGCAACUCCUCGAGAACAUAUGACGAAUGUAGGAAACUGAGAAGAUUGUGGCCGUCCAGCAUCUCCAGCAACUCCGGCAUCUCCAGCAUCUCCAACAUCUUCAGCAUCUUCAGCUCAUCACACCCCUCCUCGGUCCAGCCGUUGGAUCGUUGGUUUCUUCUAUUCCGGGGAUCACUGUUCAUCUGGAGGCUGAAGAUGCCGUUCCACCAUGUGCGAGCAGGCCUACUCUACCCUGACAACUACCUCAGCAGCUCGCUCUCUGAGGGCAGCGAAGCCUUCCAGCUCACCAGCAUCUCCCCAGAGGAGCUCGCAGAAAUCCGAGAGGCAUUCCGUAUUCUGGACCGCGAUGGGAACGGCUUCAUCUCCAAGCAGGAGCUGGGCAUGGCCAUGCGCUCCCUGGGCUACAUGCCCAGCGAGGUGGAGCUGGCCAUCAUCAUGCAGAGGCUGGACAUGGAUGGGGACGGCCAGGUGGAUUUCGAGGAGUUCAUGACCAUCCUGGGCCCCAAGCUGCUGUCCUCUGACAAUAGAGAAGGCUUCCUGGGCACAACCAUCGACAAUAUCUUCUGGCAGUUUGACAUGCAGCAGCUGUCUCUGGACGAGUUGAAGCAGGUUCUGUUCCACGCCUUCCGAGACCACCUGACGAUGAAGGACAUCGAGAACAUCAUCAUCACUGAGGAGGAGAGCCUCAAGGAGUCUUCUGGGAACUGCCCCGAGUACGAAGGAGUCCACCCUAAGAAGAAGAAUCGACAGACAUGCGUCCGGAAAAGCUUGAUUUGCGCCUUCGCCAUGGCGUUCAUCAUCAGUGUCAUGCUCAUCGCGGCCAAUCAGAUGCUGCGAAACGGCAUGGAGUGACGAACACUGCGCUGCGGAGCGCAGGAAGGGACCACAGAGCCAUGACCUCACAUCCUGUCUUUUUUCAGCCAGAGCUUGACACAGCCACAACACAAGAUCUUCUCUAGAUGACCCCUUGUGUUCCUUUAAUGGGGAGCAUUGGACACUCUAAGGGACUGCUUCACAAGGGGGGGAGGGGAACGCAGCCUGGAUGUGUGGAGGUCGAAGAGGAAACACAAAGUGACACAACUUGUUUUGUUUUGAUAUUUUAUAAAUCAUAUGAAAAUACGGGAUAUUUCAUUUAACUGUUUUCAAGAUUGUCUCUCAUCCUUUAACCUUGAUUUUCUAAUUAACGCUACUCUGUCUAAUAUGUUAUCAGGUGUUUUGGACCAAUCCCAGGUUCAAACCCUGUCAUCCCAUGUCAGAUGGCCCCCGUCAGUCUUGGAAUAACCAGGGUGAUACAGCCCCCCCGAAGGCUCCUCUAUACUAGUGUGUGGCCCCGCGGGGCCCGGAGCCAGGGUGCAGCUUUAUGUUAACGAGAUGCAGCAUCAUGUAUAACGAGUUGCAGCGUCAUGUACAACGAGGUGCAGCGUCAUGGUAACGAGGUGCAGCAUCAUGUUAACGAGGUGCAGCAUCAUGUAAACAAGGUGCAAUAUCAUGUUAACGGGGUUCAGAAUCAUGUAUAACGAGGUGCAGCAUCUUGUAUAAUGAGUUGCAGCAUAAUUUAUAAUGAGAUGCAGCACCAAGUUAACGAAGUGCAGCAUCAUGUUAAUAAGGUGCAGCAUCAUAUAUAACGAGGUGCAGCAUCAUGUUAAUAAGGUGCAGCAUCAUAUAUAACGAGGUGCAGCAUCAUGUUAAUAAGGUGCAGCAUCAUAUAUAACGAGGUGCAGCAUCAUGAUAACGAGGUGCAGCAUCAUGUUAACGAGGUGCAGCAUCAAGUUGACGAGGUGCAGCAUCAUAUAUAACGAGGUGCAGCAUCAUGAUAACGAGGUGCAGCAUCAUGUAAACGAGGUGCAGCAUCAUGAUAACGAGGUGCAGCAUCAUGUUAACGAGGUGCAGCAUCAUGUAUAACGAGGUGCAGAAUCAUGUUAACGAGGUGCAGCAUCAUGUUAACGAGGUGCAGCAUCAUGUAUAACAAGGUGCAGCAUCUUGUAUAACGAGUUGCAGUAUAAUUUAUAAAGAGGUGCAGCAUCAAGUUGACGAGGUGCAGCAUCAUAUAUAAUGAGGUGCAGCAUCAUGAUAACGAGUUGCAGCAUCAUGUAUAAUGAGGUGCAGCAUCAUAUAUAACGAGGUGCAGCAUCAUGAUAACGAGUUGCAGCAUCAUGUAUAAUGAGGUGCAGCAUCAAGUUAACGAGGUGUAGCAUCAUGUUAACGAGGUGCAGCAUCAUGUAUAACGAGCUGCAGCAUCAUCUAUAACGAGGUGCAGCAUCAUGUUAACGAGAUGCAGCAUCAUGUUAACGAGGUGCAGCAUCGUGUAUAACGAGGUCACUGUCUCCCUGAGUCUAAAUGUACUGCGUUCCGCUCAAGUAGAUCUUUGAAGGCUUUGAUGUAGCCCAAAGUAGGUGUUGACAUACUCUUGUCUUAAACGUUGUGUAUCUUAAUGACAGUGUCGUCUACGUAAUCUAAACUCAGGCUUUCAGAGUGGUUUCCAUAAUUGGUCGAGCCAAAUUACCCACCUGUUGACACAGGUCCUAACCAAUACCCCCACCAAUAGGUAUAUUUUAUAUGUGAUAAAACAAGAUGUUAAUGUCGUACAAUUUCAUCAUUCUUUAUAAAACAAUAAUUCACAGUAUAUAAAUGAAAAAAAUAAACAUAGUUUGAUUUAGUUUAAUCUCGAAGACAAAGUAUGGUGACAAGAGUCUGUGAUUUGUAUUAUGGACAAUGCAGAACUGUAACAACUUGUGCGCAGCAUAACUGUUGUGAAUGGUCGCCAUCUAGUGGAUUUAAUGAGAUCUGCAGGUGAAACACUGGGAUUUUUUUCUUUUCUGAUGCGUUUUAAGGGAAAGAGAAUAAUACGUCUGACUCGCAGCUUUGUGAUGUUAGUCCGAUGCCACUCGGGACCUUAGGUCUGCAUUAUCUUGUCGUAUAAUACUCUAGGGCUAAGGCUAGCGGGUGGUGACCAGACAAGACUUCAGAGUAGACAACAAUGCUGUUUGUAUUUUAAAGAGUUAGCUGAGGGUGACUGUUAAAGGGUUUAUUUCAUGUUGUGUUGUUGGGUAGAUGUGGAGGAAAACACUGCCAGUGUGGCAGUCUCCCUCCCAUUGGAUAUCCCAGAACGCAAUGUGAGCGAGUGUUAAAACACUGCUGCUUGUCAAUUUAGUGUGAGAGGGGAUGACAGACCCAGAUUCAUACCACCCCCCCCCCCUUCCACACACACACACACACACACACACACACACACAC